GCUUUUCUCUCCUUCUCCAAGAUGGCGGCGGUCGGCGGCGCUGAGGCGGGAUCCGGACCAGCCGAGUGAAGACCUGGUCCUGUAGAUGAGAAGGAGCCUGGACACGGCGACAUUCUCAAGGGCCUUGCAGGGCCGCCAUGGCUUAUGAUGACUCCGUGAAGAAAGAAGAUUGCUUUGACGGUGACCACAGCUUUGAAGACAUAGGACUAGCAGCUGGCCGAAGCCAACGAGAAAAGAAACGCUCCUACAAAGAUUUUUUAAGGGAAGAGGAAGAAAUCGCUGCUCAGGUCAGGAAUUCUUCCAAGAAGAAGUUAAAGGACAGUGAACUUUACUUCUUGGGGACGGACACGCACAAGAAGAAAAGGAAGCACUCCUCUGAUGACUACUGCUAUGGCGGACAGUGGUUCUUGUUCUGAGUGCCGAUAAACCAGUUGAAGGAGCAGAGAGGUGGAGGGCUGGUAUUUUGGAGGAUUCAGCAUAGAAGAACAGUCUUCAUUUGUGAUACACCAGAUAUUUCGUCUUUGGAAUCGUCACAGAAGAAAAAGAAGAAAUCCAGCCCCCAGUCUGCUGAUACGGCUAUGGACCUAUUGAAAGCUAUCACUUCCCCUCUGGCAGCAGGCUCAAAACCUUCCAAAAAGAUGGGGGAGAAAUCCGCUUGCUCUUCCAGCCAUUCAGAGAGUAAAAAGGAACACCACAAGAAGAAAGUAAGUGGGAGCAGUGGUGAGCUGUCCCUGGAGGAUAGUUCCCACAAAUCCAAAAAAAUGAAACCGCUGUAUGUGAACACAGAGACGCUGACCCUUCGUGAACCUGAUGGUUUAAAGAUGAAACUGAUUCUCUCACCCAAGGAGAAGGGAAGCAGCUCAGUUGAUGAGGAGUCUUUUCAGUACCCCUCGCAACAAGGAACUGUGAAAAAAUCCUCUAAGAAAUCGGCUCGAGAUGAGCCGGGUGCUUUACUCCUAGGACACGAGUUGCAGAACUUUCUGAAAACUGCCCGGAAGAAGCACAAGUCCUCCUCAGACCCACAUUCAUCUCCUGUCCCCGAAGGCUGUGGCUCUGACGCCUCUCAGUGCCCGGAAUCCCACAGUGCUAACCUUGACCUUUCAGGGCUUGAACCUAUUCUAGUAGAAUCGGAAUCCUCCUCUGGAGGGGAGCUGGAGGCUGGGGAGUUGGUAAUAGAUGACUCUUACAGGGAGAUCAAGAAGAAAAAGAAGUCAAAGAAAAGCAAAAAGAAGAAAGACAAGGAGAGGCAUAAAGAGAGGCGACACUCCAAGUCCAAGAGAAGUUCGGGACUGCCCUCUGCGGCCACGGGAGAGGGCCCAGGCGUGCCGGGCCCAGCUCCUCCCAGCACCCCCUGCACUGCAGCCGCUGCAGCUGCCCCUCCCCCACCGCUUCCUGGCCUUCACCCAGAUGGUCAUGGUGAGAAAAAAAAGAAAAAAGAGGAGAAAGACAGAGAGAGAGAGAGAGGAGAAAAGCCAAAAAAGAAGAAUAUGUCAGCCUACCAGGUGUUCUGUAAAGAAUAUCGUGUGACCAUCGUAGCUGACCACCCAGGUAUAGAUUUUGGGGAACUUAGUAAAAAACUGGCUGAAGUGUGGAAGCAAUUGCCAGAAAAAGACAAAUUGAUUUGGAAGCAAAAAGCUCAAUAUCUCCAACACAAGCAGAACAAAGCAGAAGCUACAACUGUGAAAAGAAAAGCAUGCAGCUCAGAAGGUCCCCUGAAGGUGAAAGCUGCUUCUGCAGGAGUACUCUCACCCCAGAAGAAAUCCCCCCCCACCACCAUGCUGUUACCAGCGUCACCAGCCAAAGCCCCUGAGACCGAGCCCAUUGACGUGGCAGCCCACCUCCAGCUGCUGGGAGAGUCCCUCAGCCUCAUCGGACACCGCCUGCAGGAGACUGAGGGCAUGGUGGCUGUGUCUGGCAGUUUGUCGGUGCUUCUGGAUUCCAUUAUCUGCGCGCUUGGCCCUUUGGCGUGUCUGACCACACAACUACCUGAACUGAACGGCUGUCCCAAACAGGUCUUGUCAAAUACACUAGACAACAUCGCUUACAUCAUGCCUGGACUGUGACAGCAAAGGCUCUUGGGACAGAAACCUUAUCCUAUCCCAUUGCUGGUUUGUGUGUAUAUGACUGUUCAGAUCCCUUCUCUGGCUUCAGGGUGUAGGUUUUAAAUUUUAUAUAUAGAUACGUACACACAUACAUACAUAUAAUGUAUAGUAUAUACAUAGGACUAUAACUACUUUGCUUUUAAUCAUUUUAUGAAAUGGCAAAGGUGGUGUGGCCAGGAGGAAGUCUCGGCGUGAAUAGGGGCUUAGGGUUCCUUUUUCUCCUGUGGUGGGUAACUCUGCCUUAAAAAUCAGUGUAACUUGGGACUGGGGGCUUGUUCUGGGUGCCAAGUGCAUCUCUUUAUGGACAGCUAAAAUGUGAUUUUUUUUUUUCCGUACUCAGUUGUACCUCCAGACCCAUCACUGACCAUUUGCCUUACCUGUCGUACGGUCUGAAAUGUGUUAGGAAAGAUGAUGGGAAGAUGCCCAUUGACUGAAAGUGCAGAGCCUUUCAUCUUGAGGUGGCUGAGUUAUUACAGUGGCUUAGGUGGACCUAGCAGGGGUUUGGUGCAAUUCCUGCUCAGCAGGCGUCCAUGUCUCAAAGUGCAUUGUAAUCAUUGGUACCAUUGGUAACCUCAGCAGAGACCGAGGAGUUGUGUGCGCCCUGUCAGCUUAAACACCUCGAAGAGGGUGAAGUUGUCACUGUCCCUGGUUGAACCACAUAGAUUAUUCUAAGCUGAAUAUUCCAGAAUAUUCCAUCUGCAGAACCAAGAGCUGGGUGUGUUCCACUGGUUGCAUUCACGUAGCCCCUGAGUCCUCACAGGUCUGCUGCUCAGCUGCUCAGUGGUUGUGGGCAAUGAACUUGCCAGCGUGGCUGGGUUCAUUGUGUUGGCACUCCCAUGAGCACGCGCUGCGUGGUGUUCUGCGGUCCGCACACGAGUGAACUGCAAGGAAGGCGGUUCUCAUGUAGGAUUAUUUAUGUGCGCGUUUGAAUGUAUGAUUUAAUUAUGUGUAUUUAACUCUUUAAAAUCUCCUAGAUUUUAAUUUAUCCUGUAAAUUUCUGUAUAUAUAAUUUAAUAACAAAGCCUCCACCAGCAGCAGCAUGUGGAAGACACAGAUUUGUCAUUUUUGUUCCUCCUUCCUUUAUCUGGUUUCCUCUGAAAACUCCAUUUACAUUUUAAAGUAUUGUGCAUCAAAAGGAAUCAUUAUGCUGAGAUUUCUCAUUCUUUAAAAAGAUCUUCAUACCCUUCAAUAAUGUGAAAAAGUUAAAUAAAAAGGAAUGUUGCCAUUCCCCGUUCCCUUAUUUCCAAAGGACCAGACUUUGCUUCCCAGUUGCGUACAACAGUUGAACAUUUCAGGGUGGUUUUAACUUUGGUGUGAGAGUCCCUGCCAGCCAACUUUUCUUGUCCAGGCCUAGACAAACCACAGCAUCAGAGUACGUCUUUGAGGACAGAGCAACCGUCCUGUUUUAGUUCUUCCCUUCUCCACACCGGUGUGGGCACAGGGCUGUUUUUUAAAAGCAGUUUGGCUGCUGAAAUGCCUUUCUUAGCUCAGCACAGUUUUGAGAUUAAUCUGGGAGACAGAAGGAAAUGGGACUAUUUGGGAAACAAGAAGAGCAGAAAUCUGGGUUUGAUUCCACGCGUUAGAACCCGUAUCAUGCCUCCUCUGUGCCCGUGGAAUUUCCGCUUUGGCACAGCGUACCAAGGAGGGGCCUUGAAGACAUGGACUCAGCUGACAUUGUCACUUGUAUCCAUUCAUGAGAUCCUGAUGAGGACCUGCUUUUUUGUUGUUUUCCUUUGAAGUCCAACCCUAUGUAUUUGUAUUUAAAAUUUGUACACAUUUGUAUAAUAAUCUGUACCUUGUGGUAUUUGGUACUAUUAGAGAAAAAACUUUGGAUUCAGACCUUGCAGUUUUUAUAUCAUUGUUUUAUUUUGUUUUUUAAAUAAAUCUUAGUGGUUUGGUCCAAAUCCCAUUAC